UCCUACUGAACAAAACCGGUUCUAGUUUUCCACUCACCGGCAUUUCAGCGUUCCCACUGCCGCAACGAAACCGAUCUGCUCUCCAUUCUAUCGUAUUUAUCCCCUUUUUUUUCAAGAUGCCAGGAUUUUCUGAUAGAGAUCGCGGUCGGGACAGAGACAGAGGCUAUGGCAGUGGGCCUCCCCGGUUCGGAGGCGGUGGCGGCGGUGGCCGUGGUGGAGGAGGCGGCGGCGGGGGUGGAAAGUACGGAAACCCCGGAGAACGUCUGCGGAAGAAGCACUGGAACCUCGAUGAGCUGCCCAAGUUCGAGAAGAACUUCUACCAGGCGCACCCAGACGUGGUCCGGCGGCCCCCGCAAGAAGUUGAGCUCUACAGAAGGACCAAGGCCGUCACAGUGAAGGGAAGAGACUGCCCAGACCCCAUCCUGAAGUUCAAUGAGGCCAGUUUCCCAACCUACGUCAUGGAUGUGAUCAACAAGCUGAACUGGACUGACCCGACACCCAUCCAGGCCCAGGGCUGGCCCCUCGCCCUCAGCGGGAAGGACAUGGUCGGCAUCGCCCAGACCGGCUCCGGGAAAACGCUCUCUUAUCUGUUGCCGUCCAUCGUGCACAUCAACCACCAACCCUUCUUAGAACGUGGAGACGGACCCAUUUGCCUGGUCCUGGCCCCCACCCGUGAGCUGGCCCAGCAGGUCCAGCAGGUGGCAGCAGAGUACGGCCGGGCUUCACGCCUGAAGUCCACCUGCAUCUACGGAGGAGCACCCAAAGGACCACAGAUCAGGGACCUGGAGAGAGGUGUGGAGAUCUGCAUCGCCACCCCCGGCCGUCUGAUCGACUUCCUGGAGUCUGGGAAGACAAACCUGCGGCGCUGCACCUACCUGGUUCUGGACGAGGCUGACCGCAUGCUGGACAUGGGCUUCGAGCCCCAGAUCAGGAAGAUCGUGGACCAGAUCCGGCCCGACAGACAGACACUCAUGUGGAGUGCCACCUGGCCCAAGGAGGUUCGCCAGCUGGCUGAGGACUUCUUGAAGGAGUACGUCCAGAUCAACGUGGGUGCCCUGCAGCUCAGCGCCAACCACAACAUCCUGCAGAUCGUGGAUGUCUGCAACGACGGCGAGAAAGAGGACAAACUUCUGCGUCUCCUGGAGGAAAUCAUGAGUGAAAAGGAGAACAAGACCAUCAUCUUCGUCGAGACGAAGAGGCGUUGUGACGAGAUUACCCGGAGGAUGAGGAGAGAUGGGUGGCCCGCGAUGGGUAUCCAUGGAGACAAGAGCCAGCAGGAAAGAGACUGGGUUCUUAAUGAGUUUAAGUUCGGGAAGGCGCCCAUCCUGAUCGCCACAGACGUAGCCUCCAGAGGUCUAGAUGUCGAAGACGUGAAAUUUGUCAUCAACUAUGACUAUCCCAACAACUCUGAGGACUAUAUCCACCGAAUCGGCCGCACAGCUCGUAGCCAAAAGACGGGCACGGCCUACACCUUCUUCACCCCCAACAACAUGCGGCAGGCCAGCGACCUGGUGGCGGUGCUGCGUGAGGCCAACCAGGCCAUCAACCCCAAGCUCCUCCAGAUGGCCGAAGACAGAGGAGGUAAAUCCAAUUGGGCGUUCAAGGGGAGGCAGAGGUGGCGGGUUUAGAGACGACCACCGCGACCGCUACUCUAGUGGCAGGAGAGAUUUCGGCGGUUUUAGAGACAGGGACAACGAUAGAGGCUACGACAACGGACCAAAGAAAGCCUUUGGCUCAAACUCUCAGAACGGAAGCUACGGGGCGGGGGGCGCGGCCAACGGCUUCAGCGCCGGUGGCGGGGGCUACCAGGCCUCCGCCCAGUCGGCCUUCCCCACCCCAAGCGGCGCCUUCCCUCCCCCCAUCAACACCUUCCAGAAUCAGCCGUUCGCCGCAGCCCAGCCAGGGGUCCAGAACGGAGCCGGCCACCCGCCCUUCCCUUUCCCCCAGGUCCCCCAGCAGGCCCCGCCCCCCCUGGUCCCCUACCCCAUGGCCCCUCCCUUCGCGCAGUAAACGCACAGAAAGAAUAAGUAACUUAUUGGCGUUUUUGUUUCCCUUGUUUUUUAUUUGAUAAGAGUUGUUUGGUUUAUGUUGCGACGGGCGUAUGAACCAGUUGGAGCCUCUAUCCUGUCCUGGGCCCUAGGGCCGGCGGUGCAGCAGUAGCGUUGGUGCACUUCUAUUGUUUUUGUUUAUUUCUUUUUAAUAUUUGUUACAUUCCUCAGUAACGUUUAGUCGUGUUUUGUAUUUAGGUAUAAUUGCGAAGAUGUAUUUUCCACGUGUAUCAUCGAAGGUUAUGUUAAGCUCCAGAAAACGGUGGCACUGCAUGACCUUUCAGAUUAAAGUUUCCAAAAGGCAUUUCAGUGUCUUGUGUUUUUAUUACUACAGUCGACAUUUAUGCACACUAUGAUGUACUUAAUCUUCAGUGUUACAAAACUGGAUUAUACUGGACAGGGCUCUAAAGUGCGACCUAAUUUCUCAAUGGUGCGACUAAAAAAAUCAGGUCGCACCGGUGCAACCAGCUGUUCAAAAAGAAAAAAACCUCAGACUGAAGCUGUGUUCGAAAUCGUUCCCUAUCAUGGAUGUAGUGCACCAAAUAGGGUGCAUGCCAUUUUGUAGGGUGUUCGAAUUCUCAGUGGUCCACUGAGUGGACUUAAAAUAGGGUACAUACGAUGUUCCCUACAUGUUGCUCCCGUAUACCACAAUGCAAUGCGGUUGUAUUUUUCCAGGGGAGAAGAGGAUGAAUAACCGCGAAAACAAAUACAUUUAAUGAUGGAGUCUCCGGCUUGUGUUAAAUGUCAACAAUUUAUUUGGGAUUUAACAUAGAAUAUUUAACAUUCAAAAUUAAUUAAAAAAAACUUGAACAAGGAAAUGUAACAUUCAACAUCAAUACAACCUCCAGCCCGGUUUGUUUAGAUGUCGGCGCAUCACG